UUGUGCAAAGAGUGAGAGCAGAUUUCAGCCCACUUCAGUACUGGUGCAUGAAGUCUAGACAGCUCCAUGGAGCUCCAAGAUGCAGCUCAGUACCUUCGGGCCCCAAAAUGUUCGCGCUGCAGGAACCAUGGCUUUGUGGUACCAGUGAAAGGUCACGCCGGCCACUGCCGCUGGAAACAGUGCCCUUGCGAGAAGUGUGCUCUGAUCACUGAACGACAGAAGAUCAUGGCGGCUCAAAAGGCCUUGAAGAGGCAGGGACCUGAUUCUCCACCAAGAGAAACAGGGCCAUCCUUUCAUUGCAGCCCCAGUGAUGAACCAGAUGUAACCACAGCUGGAGGUAAAAAAGGUGCAAGGCUGAACACCUCUGAGCCCCACACUUGUGGGGAUGUUGCUGGGCACGAAGGAAUCAAGGUGACUUCAGCAGUUAGCCAGUCAUCCAGAACAAAGGCUAACCAGACACCACCAAAACCUAGUUCUCCAACCUUCAUAGAUUUAGACCAUCCUACUAUGCCUCAAGAAUCUGCAGCUAUGUACCCAGACUUUAUGGAGAGAGAGCCUCCCAAAGUCUACCCUGGAUACUCUGGGAUGUAUCCUUAUCAUCCAUUUUCUCUGGGAUUUGCAUUCAACCAACCAGGCUACAGAGGUCCAAUGUCUCCCCCCAUGCUACCACUGCAAACAGCUUACCGACCCUUUCCUAGCAACCACGGGCCAGGGAAUAUUGCUUCUCUGCCACAGAGACAAGAUGCAGGUGGGGAUUUUCGACCAGCUUAUUAUACUCCACUGUCACCUUUCAUACCGCCGAGCUUUCUACCAGGGCUUCGUUAUAUUCCACCACCUCUCCAGCUGAAUGUUGUGACUGAAGCUACAAAAGAAACACCUACUGUCACCACUGAUAGCCAAGAUUCUGGAGUUAUGUGUGAACGCAGCCAGCCAUCUUCUCAGGAAGAUGACCAUGAAGAUUGUUCCUCAUACAAUAAGCAUUAAAUUUACUGACAAAUCCAUGUUGAAAUGUUGCUUUCAUAUAAUGCAUUCUUCAAAGUAUUGUUUUGGUUGGAUUUUGGAUAUCACCAGUCCUAGUACAGCCAUAUACUUUUAGAACAUGGAAGCAUACAGGUUGUUAUAUUCAGAAAUGUUGGUAUCUCACGUAAUAUCCACAAAAGGAAUUUUCCCACUCCUAGUUUGAUGCUUUGCUAUCACAGAUGAUAUUUAGGAAGAGCAGUCUUUACUGACAACCUCAUUGUUUUCUUCUGGUUGCAUGUCAGCAGGCUAGUGCAGGCCCACUUGGAUUCAUGCAGCUUUGGGGAAUACAACGUGUUCAGUAAACUACAUUUUAUCCUUUAAAAAAAUCUUGCAACUUGCAGUUUUGAAGCAAAUAAAUGCUUGCCAGGUUGAGUUACUUGCCUGUUCUGUGCUUUUAGAACAGAUAUUUGCUAAAUAGCAAAUGAUAAUGCUUAUCUCCACAGUUUGGAAAGCUUCAACUACCAAUCCUGCAGCUAAAAUUGCAGGAGAUUGGUUCUUUUUCUAGCAGUUUGCUACUUUGCACUUUUAGCAAUUUAUUUUAUUUAGUUCAACCCUCCAUAGUUGAAGGUUGUGAUAUUUUAUGAACAGAAGUUUUUCACAAGUAUAGAGUUGCAAUACAAACAUUUAUUGUAAAGUCGAAGGCUUUCAUGGCCAGGAUCCAUAGUUUUUGUGGGUAUUUUGGGCUAUGAGGCUGUGUUUUAGAAGAGUUUAUUCUUACCGUUUCACCAGCCACAGCUUCUAGAACGCGGCCUCAUAGCCCCCAAAACCCACAAAAAACUACAAACAUGUAUUGUGGUAAGAGGGAGGUAUAAGCAGGGAAAUAUUAUCCCUAAAUUAUCUUUCCACAACUAGAUGCUUUCCAGCAGUACAUCCCCUGCCUUUCCUAGCAGUUACAACCAUACUGCUUGGGGACGUUGGAAGUUGUAAUCCAGCACACCUAAAUCUCCCGAGUUGGGAAAGCCUGCCCUAAAUUUAGACACAGUUACAGGGAAGCCUCCACCUGUUGAAUGUCCCUCUGUUGUCAAGCUUCUAAUCAUACAGAGGGUAAACAGAGUUGUUAAUUUAUAGGAUUCACGGAUAUGAUUAAUGUUAGAAUGUAGGUUUAUUUGUAGACGUGUUUCCUUAAAGUGAUGGAAAGAUGGCUAUAACACCAAACUGCAGCUAUGAUUAAUGUUAGAAUGUAGGUUUGUUAAUACACAGAUAUUAUUAAUGUUAGAAUGUAGGUUUAUUUGUAGACACAUUUCCUUAAAGUGAAGGAAAGAUGGAUGUAAUACUAAACCACAGCUAAAUGAAGAAGGCAGUCUUUUAACAGUUAAAUUAAGAGCUCUAAGGUGAGCUGCAAAUUAUAUGUAAACACUACUUUUUGUGGGUGACAAAUGAGCUUUAGCACAGGAUGAGGAUAUUCUGAGAAUGGGGCAUUUUGUAAAAACCUGCCAUUGUUCUCAGAGGUCCAAGCAUCUGUGUAUCUGCAUUUUGACUCCUACAGAGGUAGGAGUAGUAGUAGGAUGGUCACAUGAAGAAGUUUGAGAGGGGGGUAUGGAACAUGAAAAAAUGGCUAGUUGGGAAAGGGUGAAGCUUUCCUUUUGACUUGUCCAAUCAAAAUGGGUUCUUACAAAAUCUCUUUAACAAUACAAUAAAUUUAUAAUAAAUUUGCCACCGGGCUUGUGCCAUACAUAUAUAAAAAGUGGGGAAAAGACCAUUGUUAUUUGCAUAAAAAGAAUGUUGAGUCUGGUGUUCUAAACACUCAUUUGUUGAUAUUCCUUCUUCUGUACAGUCAUUAAAGUUACAGGUGCCCUGUCCUCUGUCCCAUCCAGAACUUUUAAAAGUUACAUUUUGGACAGUAAAUCCUAGAACUUGCCUAGCAUAAUGAUUUUGGUUAGGGGAUUCUGGAAGUCCCAACAAAUAACCAUUCCAAGCUUUGGUUCCUUCCAGGGUGUAUCCACAUUACAUAUUUACAGUACUAUGAUCUCACUUUAACUACCAUGGUUCUCUCUGAUGAAAUUCUGGGAUUUUUAGUUUUCUGGGACUUGCUAUAUUCUAGGGACGUGCACAUGAGCAGUGGAUCUCAGAUUUUGUGAGUUCAGUGUUUUGGACUUCAGUACAAAAAUCCCUGACCAUUAGCUAGGGCUUAUGAGAGUCCAAAGCAACUAGAAGACAAAAUUUUAAAACAACUGCACUACAGAAUGUUAUGUAUCUCAGCAAACUAGAAAUUCCAGGAUUUCAUAAGAUAGAGCUAUGGCGGUUAAAUUGGCAUCAAACUGCAUAAUAGUGCAAUGUGGAUACACCCCUGAUAAUUUUACUUGAAAGUAGACACAGUUUUAAAUGAAGAUUAAAUGGAUCUUUUUCAGGGCUAUCCUAAUGCAAUCUUGCCUCUGGGUCUACCUGCUUUAAGUAGUUGUAGUCUUCCAAGUUGAGAAACAAAAGCAAGAAUACCUGUUUAGGUGUUUCCCAGGUGCAUUCUUUUUAAAAACCGAAUCCCUCAGCCCAGGCCUUCCUUUAGAGAAAUGCAUCUCUGUUAGAAAAGGCACAAUUCUUACCUAAUAGCACAACCUUUGUUAUAAUGUGGGAACAAUAUUUGGAUAAGGAUGAAAAUGCCCACUUUAAUUUACUGUUACCUGUUGUUAAAAGACCUGUUGUGAAUGACAGUUUUAUUUGUAUACACUGGAAUGAAAUAUAUUAAAAAGUUAACACUA